ACACACACACACACACACACACACACACACACACACACACACACACACACACACUGCAGCGGUGAGGUGAAGCACCAGCAGAACUUCAGGAUUCCAGCCUCACACACACACAGAGAUGGAAACGGAAUGUGGAUGUAUGGAGGAGACUGGAACUCACGCCAUCCUGUUCACCAUCCUCACGGGUGACAUGGUGCCCACAGACCCGACCCGCUCGCCCAGACGGUGCCACUGUACCCGGGGCAGAAGCGUGCGGCUGAAGAACCGGGACACGAGCCUGGUGGCGGCCGGCGUGCUGGUGAAGACGGUGCGCUUCGUCAGGAGUCUGCCCGCCUUCCAGCAGCUCCCACCCGAGGACCAGCUCGCCCUGAUCCAGCACAGCUGGGCGCCGCUGUUGGUCCUGGGACUGGCGCAGGAGCGGGUGAGCUUCGAGGUGGAGCAGGAACCCGCGCCCAGCAUGCUGAGGAAGAUCCUGCUGGAGCAGCAGCAGGCACGCGAACGGCGGCGGGAGUACGGGGCGGAGCAGCCCACGCUGGCGGGGGUGCAGAACCUCAAAUCCUGUCUGAGGAAGCUGUGGAGUCUGGACCUGAGUCCUAAAGAGUACGCCUACCUGAAGGGCACCAUGAUCUUCAACCCAGACGUACCUGGCCUGCAGGUGGCGCCGUUCGUGGACGCUCUGCAGAGGGAGGCUCAGCGGGCUCUGAAGGAGGUCCUGUUUCUCCUCCACGACGACGGGAGCUUCGGGCGUGUCCUGCUCGCCACGUCCUCUCUGAGAAGCGUCACGCCUGAGCUCAUCACCGAACUCUUCUUCAGACCCAUCAUCGGCUCAGCGCAUCUGCUGCAGCUCAUCUCAGACAUGCUCUUCAGCAGGUAAAUCCACCUGCUGCACCUCGUCCCAGACACGCCCUUUACAGGGUACCUGCACCGCACCCUCCAAGGUGCGCAUCAGGAGCGUGCUGGCUCAGCUGAGAGCGGCUUCUCCACCCAAACGGGAGGGACGGACGCUGUGCAGGAUUUCUUCUCCUUAUCCUGGUCCAGGGUGACGUGAAGAGUCAAAAGUAAAUAGACGCUUGGUUUCAGACUGAAACGUGCAUGAUGGUAAACGUGGAACCACUCAGGAAGUUCUAGAUGAGCAGAAAGCACCCACAUGGUUCCUGUAGAUGUUCCUCUGUUCAUUUUGUCAUGAACUUCUGACAAAAACCAAUGUUGAGGUACAAUCAAAAGUUUUCACCCCCCUCAUGAUUAUAACUGGGUUGGGUGGGAGGGGGAGGUUGAGUUGUACCCUCCUGUACUGACUGUAUCAUCAGUGUAUUUGAGCUCCUGAUGGAUGGUACCAGUCCUGGUGUGAUCAGGUCUGAUGUAAAUCCUGAGUUUGGUCUCUGUGAGACUCUGUGUGUGUGUUUGAUCUUUAUGUUUGUGUUUGUAAACAAUAAUAAAUAUAUUUUUAUAUAAA